AUGUCAAGCAGUUCAACCUCAGUGACCACGGCUGGCACGAAGUGCGAAUUCAAAACGUACCACACGAGUCCGAAGAAAGGCGGAGAGUUUGUCACGGAGUCAAAGCUGGAGCCCUUUGGCAAGCCCCAGGAUUAUGUGGAUAGCCAUUACGCGCUCGUCAUUCGGCGGAAGUUCACCGACAAACAUGAGCUUGAGUCAACGACCCUCAGAAUCAACUCGCCACACCUGCUCAAAGUGUUCGAAGAUGUGGUCGGAUCGUCGUACACCACUGUUGCCUCGGACUUCAAGUCGCCAUUUGAGCUCACUGGACCGUUUCAGAUGCUCUUGCAUUACUGGGAUGAGCUAGAGCACAUCUGCAAGGUGACAGAAGACAUAUACAUUCGUCAGCACUUGAGACUACUGUUCGAUUUCAUGAACCAUGAGCUUGGUCCCGACCGGGAAAACAUCACCAAAAUGAUAGACAAAGGCCAGAUCUCCUACCUCCAAGCAUGGGUACUCUUCAGACCAGGAGAUCUUGUUUACGCAUCAGUCAUGGGGCAGCCCUGGCUUCUACGGUGCCAGAAGACUGCAUACGAAGCGCCGCGCAAGGGCCCGGACCACAAAUUCUUCAUCUUCCAGAAAAGAUGGUUUGGGUCCGAAAACCCGGCCUUCAUUACAGACCUACCUGUCUAUCCUCGAAGUUUCGCCCGGCAUGACAAAAGUCUGGAAGCACGCUUGGAAGAAAGAGGCCGCAAGUUCCUUGCCAGAAAGUCUAUUUGUAUCCAGGCGUAUGAUGGAAUUGCAGAGUACUUGAAGGAGCCUCCGGAUGAUUAUUUCCACCCUGCUAUGGCAGGUUUCGAGGGUGUGUGGCUUCCGUUUACUGAAACCGGGAGGAUCGUUCUUGACCGAAAGAUGUUCCAUGAUGAUCAGUACGGGAAUCAGGUCCCUAUCAAAGUCAUGGAACCAGACCCGCUUCUCUGCCCUCCGUACGCUUACGGGUACUCGCUAAGCCGCAAGGACUGGUGCCGCUUCUUCGUCGACCUGAUGGACGAUGUGAAGUGGAAACAGGGCGUAUGGGACUCGUUAAUACUUGCCCCUGAGCAGAAGCUCGUACUGCAAGCACUAGUGACCUCGCACGAGUUUCCCGAAAAUGCGAGGGACGAGCCUGAGCAGAAAGGCAAAGGGCUCGUUGUCCUCCUGCACGGAACACCCGGCUCCGGAAAGACACUCACCGCCGAGACAGCAGCCGAGGGGGCCCAGAAGGCGCUGAUCUCCGCGUCUCUGGGCGACCUGAAUCGUCACGACAGACCGUGGCUGUUCGAGUUGCGGCUCAAACAGAUCUUGACCUACGCAACCAUGUGGAAGGCUGUCGUCCUGCUGGACGAAGCCGACGUCUUUCUCGAGGCGCGCCAGGAAUCUACCGGUGACAGUUCGCGCAACGCCCUUGUUGCCGUCUUUCUGAGGGAGUUGGAAUACUUCUCCGGUAUCGUGUUCCUUACCACCAAUCGUGUUGAGACCUUCGACCUGGCUAUGAAGUCCCGGAUUCACCUCGCUCUGGAAUACUCGCCGCCAGAUAUCGAAAUUCGGAGGCAGGUCUGGAUGAAGCUGCUCAGUGAAGUCCCAAGCGAAACCAUGGGCAUUGAGGACAUUGACGACGCGGUGGAGAACAUCCUCAUGGAAAAGCUCAAUGGACGAGAAAUUUCGAAUACCUUGAACACUGCAAGGACUAUAGCGCGAUUCAAGAAGGAAAAGCUACAGCUGGAACACAUUGAGAGCGUGCUUCAAGUGCGGCGCGAAUUCGACAAGAGUGUGCAGAGAGUGGCGAAAAGGUUGACCUCGAGAUCAACGGGACCGGGCACUGGUGUCGGGGGUGGUCUGGUUAGGCAAAGCUCAAUUGCAAUGGCUGAGCCGGAAGAGUAUAGAUCCUGA